UAAAUCCUGGAGGACCGUGAAACGCGCAGCCGCUCUAGAACGCGGAGAGAGAGAGUCUCUAUGGUGUUUCCGGUGCCGAGAGAAGGUCGUUUCCUGCGGGCUCUGCUGUUUGCAGGAUUGAGCGUUCUGCAUGAUGUUCGCGGUGGUUCGUCGGAUUAUCCUGGGUUCGGGACUCCGGACCCAGCCUCCUCUGCACCGUGCGGGCUGGUUCUGACCCGAUCCAACAGCACCGCAGCGCAGCAGGACAAACCCAAGAAGACUCAUUUUGGGCCCCUGAAGGAUCAGGAUCGGAUCUUCACUAACCUGUACGGCCGUCACGACUGGAGGUUGAAGGGGGCGCAGUCUCGGGGUGACUGGUUCAAGACGAAGGAGAUUCUUCUGAAGGGUCCGGAGUGGAUCCUGCAGGAGGUGAAGGUGUCGGGGCUGCGAGGGAGAGGAGGCGCCGGCUUCCCUACAGGCAUGAAGUGGGGCUUCAUGAACAAGCCCAGCGACGGCCGUCCCAAGUACCUGGUUGUGAAUGCGGGAGGGGAGCCCGGGACGUGCAAGGACAGAGAGAUCCUGCGGCACGACCCUCACAAGCUGGUGGAAGGCUGUCUGGUGGCCGGCAGAGCGAUGAGCGCGGCCGCUUACAUCUACAUCCGAGGAGAGUUCUACAACGAGGCGUCCAACCUGCAGGUUGCAGUCAGGGAGGCGUACGAGGCGGGUCUGAUUGGACGGGACGCCUGUGGCUCUGGGUUUGAUUUCGACGUGGUCGUGGUUCGGGGGGCGGGAGCGUACAUCUGCGGGGAGGAGACGGCCCUGAUCGAGUCUCUGGAGGGGAAGCAGGGCAAACCCCGACUCAAACCACCCUUCCCAGCCGACGUGGGAGUGUUCGGCUGCCCCACCACGGUCGCCAACGUGGAGACGGUCGCCGUGGCGCCCACGAUCUGUCGCCGGGGCGGCAGCUGGUUCCUGGGCUUCGGACGCGAGAGGAACUCGGGUACGAAACUGUUCAACAUCUCGGGACACGUGAACCACCCCUGCACCGUGGAGGAGGAGAUGAGCCUGCCACUGAAAGAGCUGAUCGAGAGACACGCAGGCGGGGUGAUUGGCGGCUGGGAUAACCUGCUGGCUGUGAUCCCGGGAGGCUCCUCCACGCUCAUCCCUCGCUCGGUGUGCGAUGAUGUCAUGAUGGAUUUCGACGCGCUGGUGCAGGCUCAGACCGGGCUGGGCACCGCGGCGGUGAUCGUCAUGAACAAAUCCACGGACAUCGUGCGGGCGAUCGCUCGCCUCAUCGAGUUCUACAAGCAUGAGAGCUGUGGACAGUGCACCCCCUGCAGGGAGGGAGUUGACUGGAUGAAUACGAUGAUGUGGCGCUUUGUGAAGGGAGACGCUCGCGUCUCCGAGAUCGACAUGAUCUGGGAAAUCAGCAAGCAGAUCGAGGGGCACACCAUCUGCGCGCUGGGAGACGGGGCCGCCUGGCCAGUACAG